AGAAUGGGUAACUCCAAGCAUACAUAGCAGAGUACCCGAAGUGAUUGUUCUCUAGCGACCCUCUAUCCGAGAGUACUUAAGGUUUCGAGUUUUUGGGAACCGCACUGCCUACGCCAUAUAACCUGUGGCUAAGGCUUUUGCUUCUCUAAACAGUAGUUAUAACUGCGAUCUCUUGCUUUGCGGCACCUUUUGCAGCUAGAACGGUCUGUCCGGUUACCAAACUUGCCACCGUUUCUGAGCGCAAAUUGUCCCAGUUAAACAGAAAAUUGCUUCGGUUACACUAGGAUGGCUGUCGCGCGUCAGGCGCGACGGCUGUAUGGUGGAACUGACGGCCGCGCAACGACCCGUUGGCACCAACCUGUGGCUCUCCUUGCUGUUAUUUUAAUCGUAGCAGCGUUACCUGGCUCCAAGUCGUCCCAAGAUGGCAAUAGCGCAUCUGGGUCAACCUUCCAGAUGGGUCGUCGUCUUCAAGAUGAGACUGCAAGCGGGGCCUUAGCGGUCGAUCUUACUGCCGACCAGCAGCAACAGCCCCCGCCCUUUCCACCCAUGAGCCUGCCAACGUCUGCGUGCGUGUACUCCAAUCCGGGAAACUACAGCACGGUCACACCUGGCAAUUCACAGAACGGCAUUGAAUCGUGCGUGGACCAAGCUGGCUGCCUGGACCUGUACGUUGAUGGUAAUACGUGUAGUCUGGUACAGGGUAGCGGCGGCCCCUGGCUGUACUGCCAGGUUUGCUUGUAUUGGAGCAACAGCCGCGGCACUUGUGUGAAGUCUAGCCAGGAUACCGUUAGCCACGUUUGCAUGGGCGACGAGUUUUACCCUGUGAUGCCGAGCUCUGCGAGCACGCCUGCGUCUGGCAACACGUACAAGCUAGAUGGCUGGAGCUCCGGCGCUGACGCCCGAUAUUGCCAAUGGGCGCGCUGGAACAGCACCAACUACGGCGCGGAGACCGUACGGUUCACUGUGAAGGACGGCAGCGGUGCAUGCCUGAACGUUCCAUCACCGCUGUCGGUCACCCUGCAAGGCAUCGCAGCGACGUGCCAAAACCCACGUGUGGUGGACGGGACCCUUGCUGGCUGCGGUAUUGGAGACCAGGACAAUGAGUGCCUCUGGUCGUUUGAGGUUCCUCGACCUGGCACCCCUGCCUUCAAAUGCGGACCGUCUCCACCAAUGCCGCCCAGCCCUCUGCCGCCCUCUCCUGUGGCAAGCCAGGCGCCUCCUCCCUCACCUCCCCGGCCGGCACCUUCUCCGCCACCGCCCAGCCCACGGCCACCCUCGCCUGCGCCGCCUAGCCCGUCACCAAAGCUUUCUCCGCCGCCAAGCCCUCCAAAGCCUUCUCCCCAGCCGCCUAGUCCGGCGCCCCCCUCUCCCAUUCCACCACAGCCCAACCCACUCCCAGCACCACCUAAGCCGCUAAGCCCUCCACCAUCCCCUGGAGUGCCGCCAUGCGUCUACUGGAAUCCCGGGAAUGAUAGUGGGAUUCAGCAAGGCGACUCCCAGAACGGCAUAGAGUCGUGCGUGGACCAGGCUAGCUGCCUGGAUGUUUACCUGGAUGGCAGCACAUGCGGCAAAAGCGAUGACGGCGCAUGGCUGUACUGCCAGGUUUGCCUGUACUGGAGCAACAACCGUGCAGCUUGCGCUAAGUCUGGCCAGGACACCGUCAGCCACGUAUGCAUGGGCGACGAGUUCUAUCCAGUGAUGCCAAUUGCUGGGAGCUCACCUGCGGCUGGUAACACGUACAAGCUGGAUGGCUGGAGCUCGGGUGUUGCGAACCGAUACUGUCAGUGGGCUCGCUGGAACAGCACCAACUACGGCACGGAGACCGUACGAUUCACCGUUAAGGAUGGCAGUGGCACCUGCUUAAGUGCAUCGACGCCUUUGUCGGUCACCAUGCAAGGCAUUGCAGCGACGUGCCAAAACCCACGUGUGGUGGACGGGACCCUUGCUGGCUGCGGAAUUGGAGACCAGGACAAUGAGUGCCUCUGGUCCUUCAACAUCCCACGACCUGGCACCCCUGACUUCAAGUGCGCACCGUCUCCACCAAUGCCACUCAGCUCUCUGCCGCCCUCUCCUGUGGCAAGCCCGGCGCCUCCCCCUCCCUCACCUCCCCGGCCGGCACCUUCUCCGCCACCGCCCAGCCCGGCACCGCCCUCUCCGGCGCCCAGCCCGCUGCCGCCCUCGCCUGCGCCGCCAAGCCCGGCACCGUCCUCGCCUGCACCCAGCCCGCUGCCGCCCCCGCCUGCCCCGCCCAGCCCGGAACCGCCCUCGCCGGCGCCCAGCCCGCUGCCGCCCUCGCCUGCGCCGCCCAGCCCGGAACCGCCCUCGCCGGCGCCCAGCCCGCUGCCGCCCUCGCCUGCGCCGCCCAGCCCGUCGCCCAAAUUCUCACCAUCUCCCAAGCCGCCUAGCCCUCCCAAGCCGCCUAGCCCUCCGAAGCCACCAAGCCCUCCCAAGCCGCCUAGCCCUCCACCACCCUCACCUCGUCCACCCAGCCCGGCACCCCCUCCAAAAGCGCCUUCAUGCGUUUACUGGGACCCUGGGAACGACGCCGGGCUUGAGCAAGGCGAUUCUCAGGACGGCAUAGAAUCUUGCGUGGACCAGGCUAGCUGCCUGGAUAUCUACAUUGACAGCGGCACAUGCACCACCACCAGCACUGGCUUGCUGCGCUGCCAAGCGUGCUUGUACUGGGGUAACAGUCGUGCAACUUGCGCUAAGCCUAGCGCCGACACCGUCAGCCGCGUAUGCAUGGCCGACCAGCUCUACCCAGUGAUGCCGACUGCUACGAGCUCACCUGCGGCUGGCAACACGUACACGCUGGACAUCUGGAGCUCGGGCGCAUACAACCGCUACUGCCAGUGGAUUCAGUGGAACAGCACAAACAACGGCACGGAGACCGUACGGUUCUCCGUCAAGGACGGCAGCGGUGCAUGCCUCAACACUACGGCGCCCUUAUCGGUCACCCUUCAAGGCCUCGCGGCAACGUGCCAAAACCCACGUGUGGUGGACAAUGUGGCUGCUGGCUGCGGUACUGGAGACCAGGAUGAGUGCCUCUGGUCCUUCGAGAUUCCACGACCUGGCACCCCUGCCUUCAAGUGUGCCCCCUCUCCUCCAAGCCCUAUGCCGCCCCCACCUCCUCGGCCACCGUCUCCUCCUCGGCCGAGCCCGCCUCCCUCCCCACGCCCUCCUAGCCCAAGGCCGCCUCUUCCAUCACCGCCUAGCCCAGCACCUUCGCCACCGCAGCCCAGCCCCCAGCCGCCUUCCCCUGCUCCGGACAGCCCGGAUACCUCCACGCCUCCUCCAAGCCCACAACUUCCCUCCCCAUCGUCGCCGAGCCCAGCGCCCUCCCCAUCUCCUCCUAGCCCACAACCACCUUCUCCGUCACCACCUAGCCCAGCUCCCUCACCGCCGCCUCCAAGCCCACAGCCGCCGUCCCCUCCUCCACCUAGCCCACAACCGCCGUCCCCCUCACCUCCUAGCCCAGCUCCCUCCCCACCACCACCUAGCCCACAGCCACCUUCGCCAAAGCCGCCUAGCCCGGCUCCCUCCCCGCCACCUCCAAGCCCCCAGCCACCCUCCCCACCGCCGCCUAGCCCCGCUCCCUCCCCACUACCGCCUAGCCCACAGCCGCCUUCGCCAACGCCGCCUAGCCCUGCGCCAUCUUCCCCACCACCUAGCCCCCAGCCACCCUCUCCUUCGCCGCCCAGCCCGGAGCCCUCCCCACCUCCGCCAAGCCCCCAGCCACCAUCUCCUUCGCCGCCUAGCCCGGAGCCCUCCCCACCUCCGCCAAGCCCCCAGCCACCAUCUCCUUCGCCGCCUAGCCCGGAGCCCUCCCCACCUCCGCCAAGCCCCCAGCCACCCUCUCCUUCGCCGCCUAGCCCGGAGCCCUCCCCACCUCCGCCAAGCCCCCAGCCACCAUCUCCUUCGCCGCCUAGCCCGAAGCCCUCCCCACCUCCGCCAAGCCCCCAGCCACCCUCGCCAUCACCACCAAGCCCCCCCCAGCCACCUUCUCCAGCUGCCGUAAGCCUGAACCCGCCGCCGCCGCCACCGUCGCCGCCAGCACCCUCUCCUCCUGUUGAGCCCUGCAUCUACUACAACCCUGGAAUGGACAGCGGUCUUGAGCAGGGCGAUCCCACGGACGGCAUUGAAACCUGUAUGGAUCAGGCCAGUUGCCUGAAUGUGUUUUUGGACAGCAAGACUUGCGUCAUGAUGCCAGGCACCGGCAGCAGCGACGCUGGCGCUCCCUGGCUUUACUGCGAAGUUUGCCUGUAUUGGGACAACGAACGCGCCACUUGCGCCAAAGCAAGCACUGAUACCGUGGGCCACGUCUGCAUGGGCGACCAGUUGUCUCCUAUUCUGACGAGUUUUGAGAGCACGCCGACGGUUGGCCAGACGUACGAGGUCCAGGCCUGGGGCCCUGGCAUUGAAAAUCGCUACUGCCAAUGGAUCCGGUGGAACAGUACGAACUACGGCAAGGAAACCGUCAGUUUCACUGUCAGCGAUGGCAGUGGCGAAUGCCGGAACGUGGCUACACCGUUGUCGGUCACCUUGCAAGGCAUCGAUGCUACAUGUCAGGGUCCGCGUGAAGUCGACGACACUCCUGUUGGCUGUGGCAACGGCGAUGCUACAAACGAUUGCCUCUGGUCAUUCAACAUUCCACGACCAGGCACGCCUGGGUUCAGCUGUGCGCCAAGCCCACCAAUGGCACCAAACCCACCCCCAUCCCCAUUACCGCCAUCCCCUCGGCCCCCAAGCCCACGGCCCAAGCCGCCGAGCCCACGGCCCCCCCCUCCUAAGCCACCAAGCCCAAGGCCGUCACCACCACGGCCGCGACCUCCUCCGCCUUCGCCACCCAAAUCAUCACCCCCCUCACCGGCGCCCAGCCCACUGCCACCCUCACCUACACCGCCCAGCCUUCCCCUAUCACCAGCGCCCAGCCCGCAGCCGCCAUCGCCUGCUCCGCCCAGCCCGGAACCGCCCUCGCCUGCGCCGCCCAGCCCGGCACCUCCCUCACCGGCACCCAGCCCGCCGCCACCAUCACCUGAGCCUUGGGGACCGUCACCUCCUACGCCCACCCCGUCGGCGGUUCACCCGCCGCCACGCCACCCUAGGCCUCCUAGACCCCCUUCUCCUCCUGAGCAGGAGCCUUGCAUCUACAGGGAUCCAGGAAACGACACCGGUCUCGUACAAGGCAAUUCCACGGAUGGCGUCGAGACCUGUAUGGACCAAGCCAGUUGCCUCGAUGUGUUCAUGGAUGCCAGCUCCUGCAUUACAGUUGUUGGUGACUACGGUAGUGAGGAUGAUGAGCCAUGGCUGUACUGCGAGGUUUGCCUGUACUGGAACACGGACCGCGCAACUUGCGCCAAGCCCAUGAAUGACACCCUUGGCCACGUUUGCAUGGGUGAUCGGUUCCUACCUGUCAUUCCGAGCAUCGAGAGCUCGCCGGCUGUCGGCGAGACGUAUGAGGUUCAGGACUGGGGCUCUGGCAUCGAAAAUCGCUACUGCCAAUGGGUGCGGUGGAACAGCACGAACUUCGGCAAAGAAACCGUCAGUUUCACUGUCAGCGAUGGCAGUGGUGAAUGCCGGGACGUUGCUACGCCCUUGUCCGUGACGCUGCAAGGCAUCGCAGCCACUUGCCAGGGACCCCGUGAGGUCGACGACGCCCUUGCUGGGUGCGGUUCUGAGGAUGCGUCCAACGAUUGCCUUUGGUCGUUCCAAAUUCCACGGCCUGGCACGCCUGAGUUCCACUGUGUGCCAGGUCCACCUAUGCCUCCAAGCUCUCGGCCACCAUCUCCUCGGUCAUCAAGUCCGUUGCCGCCUUCCCCACGGCCUUUCGGCCCCGUGCCACCAUCGGCUCAGCCUCCAAUGCCUUGGGGACCGUCACCUCCUACGCCCACCCCGUCGGCGGUUCACCCGCCGCCGCGUCACCCGAGGCCUCCUAGACCCCCUUCUCCUCCUGAGCAGGAGCCUUGCAUCUACAGGGAUCCAGGAAACGACACCGGUCUCGUACAAGGCAAUUCCACGGAUGGCGUCGAGACCUGUAUGGACCAAGCCAGUUGCCUCGAUGUGUUCAUGGAUGCCAGCUCCUGCAUUACAGUUGUUGGUGACUACGGUAGUGAGGAUGAUGAGCCAUGGCUGUACUGCGAGGUUUGCCUGUACUGGAACACGGACCGCGCAACUUGCGCCAAGCCCAUUAAUGACACCCUUGGCCACGUUUGCAUGGGUGAUCGGUUCCUACCUGUCAUUCCGAGCAUCGAGAGCUCGCCGGCUGUCGGCGAGACGUAUGAGGUUCAGGACUGGGGCUCUGGCAUCGAAAAUCGCUACUGCCAAUGGGUGCGGUGGAACAGCACGAACUUCGGCAAGGAAACCGUCAGUUUCACUGUCAGCGAUGGCAGUGGCGAAUGCCGGGACGUUGCUACGCCCUUGUCCGUGACGCUGCAAGGCAUCGCAGCCACUUGCCAGGGACCCCGUGAGGUCGACGACGCCCUUGCUGGGUGCGGUUCUGAGGAUGCGUCCAACGAUUGCCUUUGGUCGUUCCAAAUUCCACGGCCUGGCACGCCUGAGUUCCACUGUGUGCCAGGUCCACCUAUGCCUCCAAGCUCUCGGCCACCAUCUCCUCGGUCAUCAAGUCCGUUGCCGCCUUCCCCACGGCCUUUCGGCCCCGUGCCACCAUCGGCUCAGCCUCCAAUGCCUUGGGGACCGUCACCUCCUACGCCCACCCCGUCGGCGGUUCACCCGCCGCCGCGUCACCCGAGGCCUCCUAGACCCCCUUCUCCUCCUGAGCAGGAGCCUUGCAUCUACAGGGAUCCAGGAAACGACAC